AUGGAGAUAAAACAGCGUCAAACGUUUGGUGCAAUUGUUGUUGAAGCACUCAGUGUGCAGAGAGAUCCAGAAUUAGAGAUCAGACAAUUGAAUGUGACGUAUGAUGAUCGGAGUCAGCGUGUAACCCAUUAUUACUUUACGGGAUGGUCAGAUUUUGGUGUCGCGGAGAAACGUCAAUUAUUAGAUCUUAUUCACAUUGUCAACUCUAAGUCGAACAAGUCUAAUCGAUGUGGGAAUGAUAGAAGACGAGAAGAAAUCAAUGCACCACCUACUGUGGUCCAUUGCAGUGCCGGUGUUGGUCGCACAGGAACUUAUAUAGCGGUUGACACCAUUUUGCAUCUCCUUGACAAGUCCGACGAUACACUGGCAAAUAUAGAGCUUGAUAUUAUGGGAAUCGUUUAUGAGAUGCGUAAAGAUCGAACGAAGAUGGUACAAACACCGGUAUAA